GAAUUUAACUGUACAUCGGUAUUUUCAGUAAGUGAUCAGAAAAAUUCUGUUGCUAAUUAUAAAAUGUGAGAAUGUUACUUAAAAGGCAGGUCACAAAUCAGAUCACACUUCAAGUAAUGAUUACGGAGAUUACAAAUUUAAGCUGGUUUGACUUGUAAUUACACAUUUGAAACUGAUAGCUAAGUAGGUUCCACACUCAAAAUAAUGACUAGGAACUGUUAAAAUAAGUUGCCUGCACUAAUACGUUUAUUUUUGAAGUAAAAAAUAAAUAAAAAAGUGACUGAAUUAGAAUUUUGAAGAAAAAAGAACAUUCAGAAAUACUCUUCAGGGGUUUAUGGGUAAGUUUCCCGCCCCAUUAAUUUUCAGCUUAGCAGCCGCUACUAAUUUAACCUGUCCCUGCUUCGUUUUUUAUUCAGUUGUUCACAGAUCAGAUCGUACCUGUACUGUUCUGUCAGUGCUACAUAAUAUCAACCAUGACUCUACAACACGCAUUGCUGGCGUGGUUUAACAUCGGCGACUGCCUGAUAUUCCUUCUUGUGUUCCUACUUAUAUCUUAUAUCUUGAAGAAUAAAACUCCACCAAAUUUUCCACCAGGGCCCUGGUCAGUGCCGUUUUUAGGUAAUGUAUUCUUCGGUUUAGACUUCAGGACCAUUGAUAAGCUUGCUGAAGAGUAUGGCAGUGUCUUCAGUCUGAGGAAGGGCAGUGAGAAGAUUGUUGUUGUAUCAGGCUAUAAAAUGGUGAAGGAGGCUUUGGUUACGCAGGGAGAACACCUGGCUGACCGCCCCGUAAUUCCUCUUUUUCAUGAAGUUUUUAAAGGGCUUGGUAUAAUUCUAAGCAAUGGACACAUGUGGAAGAACCAGAGGAGGUUUGCAAAUAUCCACUUGAAACAUUUUGGAGAAGGCAAAAAAGCCCUGGUGACUUGCAUUCUCGAGGAGUGCCACUGGCUCUGCCAGGCUGUGAAAGAGGAACAGGGGAGACCCUUUGACCCCCAGUUCAUAAUGAACAAUGCAGUUGCCAAUGUCAUCUGUUCUGUGAUGUUUGGACAUCGUUUUGACUACAGUGACACGCGCUUCCAGACUCUCCUGCGCUUGGACGCAGAAGCCAUUUUCUUAAUCGGAACUGCACGUGCUCAGCUUUACGAUGUCUUUCCUGGACUUAUGAAGUACUUGCCAGGACCCCACCAAACCAUUUUUUCACACUACGCUAAAAUCAUUGCUUUCCUGAAAGAAGAGAUAGAGAAUCACAAAAAAGACUGGGAUCCCUCUGAUCCUCGAGACUACAUCGACGCCUACUUGGGAGAGAUUGAGGCGAAAAAAGAUGACGUUGAAGCCGGCUUCAAUACUGAGACCUUGGCCUUCUGCACUCUGGACAUGUUUGAGGCUGGGACAGAGACAGCUGCCACUACACUGCGGUGGGGGUUUGUCUUCAUGAUGAAGUACCCGGAGAUUCAGAAGAAGGUCCACGCCGAGAUUGACAGAGUAAUUGGCCAAUCGCGGCAGCCCACCAUGGCAGACAGAGCCAACAUGCCCUACACUGAUGCUGUGAUCCAUGAGAUUCAGAGGAUGAGCAAUAUUGUGCCGCUGGGUUUCCCUAAAAUGACCAGUAAAGAUACAAUGUUAGGGGGACAUUAUAUACCAAAGGGCACGACCGUGGUCACCAGUCUCUCCUCUGUGCUGAAUGAUAAAAGCGAGUGGGAGACGCCGGGCACCUUCAAUCCUGGGCACUUUCUGGAUUCACAGGGCAAGUUUCGGAGAAGGAAAGCAUUCCUUCCUUUCUCAGCAGGCACGAGGGUGUGUCUGGGGGAGCAGCUGGCUCAGAUGGAGCUGUUCCUCUUCUUCACCUCUCUCCUCCAGAGGUUCACCAUCGCUCCUCCCCCCGGAGUGGAGCCUAGCCUGGAGGGUCAGCUUGGUUUCACGUACUCUCCGGGGUCUUUCCUUAUGUGUGCCUUGGACCGCUAACCCUCCACACAGCAGCAGUGGCUAAGGGGAAAAUUGCACGCAUUGUUCAGAACCUAUAGAAAAAUCAUGACGACAAUGUUAGGUGCAGGCUACCUUAAUUCAUCACUAAAGUUCUAUUCUUAUGCUCUUUUUUCACCCAAUCACAAUAGGCCAAAAUAUAUUGCAUGUAAUAUAUUAUAGUACUAUAUAUUGUAAUAUAUAGGUUACUUUAAAACAUGGUGAAUAAAACAAUAGUAGAAUUUAACAGGGGCCAACGGUGGAGGACUGCAGCAUAGAUGUGAGGAAAGAACCAGGAUACAGACAACCGAAUCAGUACAGUAGUUUUCAACAAAAAUGUACUGUAGGCUUAGAAAAAAAAUAGCAAAGUUGUACACUACAGAUAGUAUUAAAUGAUAUUGUACAUAGCUCAAACAUUGUCACUAAGUUUCAGUUUCACAUUUCAUUAAAAAAUCUUUAUAAUCUAGUAUUCUAAUCUUAUACCUACUAUUUUUCAGAUUUAUUUGUUUCAAUAAACUGACUUCAUGGACUGUGAAGUAAGAACAUAUCAGAAUUAAAAAAAAAAAGGAAUAAAAUUUUUAUGUAUUGCCGGUA